ACCUGGGUUUUGUUGUUCUUUUUGCCUCGGCAGGCAGUUCCAUACCCAACGAAUACAGUGACCGAGGACAUUUAUACCAACGGCUCAGCCACCCUGGGCAGCCCGGCGCAUGCAAAUGGCCGGGAAGUGCGGAAAAUGAGGUUCAUCCAGUUUGAGAAGGUCACGGAGGAGCCCAUGGGCAUCACGUUGAAGCUGAAUGAGAAGAAGAGCUGCAUGGUGGCCCGGAUCCUCCAUGGGGGCAUGAUUCACAGGCAAGGCUCCCUUCAUGUGGGCGAUGAGAUCCUAGAGAUCAAUGGGAAGAGUGUGGCCAACCACUCGGUAGACCAGCUCCAAAAGAUCUUGAAAGAAACCAAGGGAACAGUUUCCCUAAAGGUCCUUCCCAACCAGCAGAGCCGAAUUCCUGCCCUUCAGACCUUCAUGAGAGCUCAGUUUGACUACGACCCCCAAAAAGACAGCUUGAUCCCUUGCAGAGAAGCUGGGCUGAAGUUCCAGACCGGAGACGUCAUCGAGAUCAUCAACAAGGACGACAGUAACUGGUGGCAAGGCCGGGUGGAAGGUUCCCCCAACGGAUCAGCCGGUCUCAUCCCCUCUUUGGAGCUACAAGAAUGGCGCGUUGCAAGCAUGACCCAGGGAAAUCCCGGUGCAGCUCAGACCUGUAGCCCUUUUGGAAAAAAGAAGAAAUGCAAAGACAAAUAUCUGGCAAAACACAGCUCAAUUUUCGAUCAGCUGGACGUGGUGUCUUACGAAGAGGUGGUGAGACUGCCAGCUUUCAAGCGCAAGACCCUGGUGCUAAUAGGGGCUAGCGGAGUUGGACGAAGCCAUAUUAAGAACGCCCUGCUCAGCAAGAACCCGGAGAAGUUUGGCUAUCCCAUUCCAUACACUACCCGGCCCCAGAAGAAGAACGAGGUGGAUGGGAAAGAUUACCAUUUUGUUUCGACAGAGGAGAUGACGAGAGACAUCUCUGCCAACGAGUUCCUGGAGUUUGGGAGUUUCCAGGGCAACAUGUUUGGCACCAAGUUUGAGACGGUGCACAAGAUUCAUGAACAGGACAAAAUUGCUAUUCUGGACAUUGAACCACAGACGCUGAAGAUCAUCCAUACGGCCGAGUUCUCCCCUUUCAUCGUGUUCAUUGCUCCCACCAACAAAGGCAAUCAGUCGGAAACUUUGCAGCAGCUUCAGAAGGAUUCAGAAGCCAUCCGGAGCAGAUACGCCCACUACUUUGACCUGUCGCUCGUGAACAACGGUGUCGACGAGAGCCUCGAGCAAGUCCAGAAAGCCUUUGAGUGUGCCUGUAGUUCUCCACAGUGGGUUCCCGUUUCCUGGGUGUAUUGACUUGGUUGGGUGCUAGCAUAAAUUAAUUUCCAGACUACUCCCCCCCCGCCACCUCCCUACAGCAUGUGGAGGACAAGAUGGGUCAACCAUUCCCCAGCUAGGCACCUUGCCCCACGCACCCGCCUUUUGCCCUUCGCCCCCAGAACAGCCCCUGCUCUCUUACUGGCGAGGCAGUUCACAUACGUCUAAGCUGCAAACAUGCUCAGCAAGACACACGUCUGUUUACAGUAUGGAUUUGUUACCCCUGUAGCCCACAUGCCUCCCAACUGCCAGCAGGGAAGGCAAGAAGGGAGGCUAAUCCUCCACCGAGAGCACAUUGCCUUCGUGAGCGACAUCAGCAUCUUCAGGGAGAAAGCCAUAAAGCUAUGAAUGCUGAUAGAGGAGCUGAGCUCUCUUCUAUUUUAACAUCAAGCAGUAUAGCCUCAGUUUCAAUACGUUCUGUCAAUCCCUUCAAAUGACUUGUAAAGUAGGUGCUUCCCUGUAAUCAGGCACAGCCAUUCCCUUUGUUACAUGGUGACCCACCUACAUUGCAGUUAGUGGAGUUUGACUUCUACUAUUGCUAAGAGGUACAGGAAACUCCUCCUGCGCCAACUCUGCCUUCCCAGGGUUGUGGGCAGACAGUUUCAAAGAGCAGCAUACAGCUGUACAUUUGGGCUCAGAGGCAGAGCCAGAGCAGAGGCUAUCGUGUCUUAAGCCAUGGUGGAUAAUGCAAGGCAAAAACCCAUAAUCAGGUCCUGGCUUGACCCCUUGCAUGCUGUAUCAUGGCAUAUUCUGGUAAAUUAGAAUAGCUCACCUGUUGUGUGCAGGUAAAAUAAUCCAUUGUUUUUGCUUCUACCAAAAAACACUGAAUGACUCAUUUCACCUUCCCUCCACCCACAAGCACAACUGGGGGCGGGGGCGUUCCUCAAAUUAACCAUCCCUACCUUAACACAAGAUCAUUUUGUGUAACUAACGGUGAAGCUGGAGGAAUGCAAGCUUAAAGUGUAUUAAGCCUCAUAUUUUUGAGGAUGCAAAAAAACAACAACAACAAACCACCAAAACAAAACAGGCCAUGGAUGUGCAAUAGAGACUUCUGGUUGAGUCUUAUUACAGGGAGAACAACACGCAGCAAUAAAGUGUUAACAUAUGCUGA